AUUUCGGACACCAAAAUUCGUCGAUAGUUUUGUGAGAAUAUAUUUGAAAUCUCCAAAAAGUUGGUUCCUUUUUGGUGGAUUGUUUCCGCCAGAUUUUGGUCUGAUCCAAUUGUUAAUCACUUUUCUCUUGCAAAUUCAAAUGUAGAGACUCCCAAUCUCUUUCCCAUUCAACCCCAUUUCCCCAUUAUCCUUUUUAAGCUUCCUCCUCCUCUCCAGAAGCUAUGGAGUUCACUGAGACUUACAAGCAGACUGGGCCCUGUUGUUUCUCUCCCAACUCCCGUUUCAUCGCUGUGGCCGUCGAUUAUCGUCUUGUUGUUCGCGACACUCUCUCCUUCAAGGUUGUGCACUUGUUUUCCUGUCUGGACAAGAUAAGCUACAUCGAAUGGGCCCUUGAUUCUGAAUACAUUCUAUGUGGUUUAUAUAAAAAACCAAUGAUACAGGCAUGGUCAUUGACACAGCCUGAAUGGACGUGCAAGAUAGAUGAUGGUCCGGCAGGCAUUGCGUAUGCCAGAUGGAGCCCAGACAGCCGUCACAUAUUGACCACAUCAGAUUUUCAACUACGGUUGACAGUUUGGUCGUUGGUAAAUACAGCAUGCGUACAUGUGCAGUGGCCAAAGCAUACUUCCAAGGGAGUUUCAUUUACCAAAGAUGGGAAAUUUGCAGCGGUUUGCACUCGUAAAGAUUGCAAGGAUUACAUUAAUCUCAUUUCUUGUCAUACAUGGGAGAUCAUGGGUGUUUUUGCUGUUGAUACUCUGGAUUUGGCAGAUCUUGAAUGGUCGCCAGAUGAUAGUUCUAUUGUGGUCUGGGACUCGCCUCUUGACUAUAAGGUUUUGAUUUACUCUCCAGAUGGAAGGUGUCUAUUUAAGUAUCAGGCAUAUGAAAGUGGACUUGGUGUAAAAAGUGUUUCAUGGUCACCUUGUGGACAGUUUUUAGCUGUUGGUAGUUAUGAUCAGAUGUUGAGAGUUUUAAAUCAUCUGACAUGGAAGACUUUUGCUGAGUUUAUCCAUGUAUCUACUGUUCGGGGUCCUAGUUGCACUGCUAUUUUUAAGGAGGUGGACGAACCAUUGCAGCUUAAUAUGUCAGAAUUAUGUCUCAACGAUGAUUCUGAAGACUCUACCGAAGGACACUUCAGGGUCAGAUACGAAGUUACAGAAGUUCCUAUUACUUUGCCAUUCCAGAAACCCCUUGCUGACAAACCAAAUCCUAAGCAAGGCAUUGGUCUCAUGCUAUGGAGCAAGGAUAGCCAAUACAUCUGUACACGCAACGACAGCAUGCCGACUGCUCUUUGGAUUUGGGACAUUCACCAUCUAGAACUAGCAGCCAUCUUGGUGCAGAAAGAUCCUAUUCGAGCAGCAGCUUGGGAUCCGACGUGCACACGUCUUAUUCUCUGCACCGGUAGCCCACAUUUGUACAUGUGGACCCCUGCAGGGGCUUAUUGCGUAAACGUUCCUCUAUCGGAAUUCGCAAUAACCGACCUGAAAUGGAAUUCGGAUGGUAGCUGUGUUCUCCUUAAGGACAAAGAAGCGUUCUGCUGUGCUGCUGUUCCUGUUUUACCAGAAUCAAGUGAUUAUAGUUCGGAGGAGUAAUGAUGAUUCCUUAUGAAAUGGUACUUUCUUGACUUUAGAGUAAUGGAACUUAGAAAUCAAGAGGUUUUGAUUUGGUUGAGUUGAGGAGCUCUCUUUUGGGAGAAUUUUAGGUACAGGUCUAUAUCAGAAUUUGGAAGAUGUAAUUACUAAUUAGUAUGAAGAUGAACCUCCACAUUUGUUGUAAAACUGAGAUACAAAUUUAGCAUUAGUUUUUGUAGGAUUUUUCUCAUAUUGGGAGUUGUACUAUUAGGGAAGAUGAAGGAUUAUUAAAAAGUAAAGUAAUGUUGUAUCUUUAGAUGUUCAUAAUCAGAACAAUUGAACAUUAUGCCAAAGUGUACAUUUUGCUCUAAUUUAUCGAUUUGUGAAUAGGUGAAAAUUUCGUUUGGCUGAAAAA